UUCCAGCACGUACCGGAAGUUCCUCUGAGAGUGCCUCCUGCGGAGUUGACGCGGUGUGCUCUGCGGUGGCUGCCUGGCCUUAGAGCUGUUAUGGGCAAAAGAGAUCGAGCGGACCGGGACAAGAAGAAGUCCAAGAAGAGGCAGUAUGAAGAGGAAGAAGAAGACGAAGACGACGCCCCUGGCAACGACUCUCAGGAGGCGGUGCCCUCAGCCGCGGGGAAACAGGUGGACGAGUCCGGCACCAAAGUGGAUGAAUAUGGAGCCAAGGACUACAGACAGCAGAUGCCGUUAAAGGGUGACCAUGCUUCCAGGCCCCUCUGGGUGGCUCCUGAUGGCCACAUUUUCUUGGAAGCCUUCUCUCCAGUUUACAAAUAUGCCCAAGACUUCCUGGUGGCAAUUGCAGAGCCAGUGUGCCGGCCUACUCACGUACAUGAAUACAAACUAACAGCCUACUCCCUCUAUGCCGCUGUCAGUGUGGGGCUGCAAACCAGCGACAUCACGGAGUACCUCAGAAAGCUUAGUAAGACUGGAGUUCCUGAUGGAAUUAUCCAGUUUAUUAAGUUGUGUACUGUCAGCUAUGGAAAAGUCAAGUUGGUCCUGAAGCACAACAGGUACUUCGUUGAAAGUUCCCACCCUGAUGUCAUCCAGCAUCUUCUUCAAGACCCUGUGAUCCGGGAAUGUCGCUUGAGGAAUGCCGAGGGGGAGGCUACCGAACUCAUCACUGAGACUUUCACAAGCAAAUCUGCUAUUUCCAAGACGGCAGAAAGCAGUGGUGGGCCUUCUACUUCCCAGGUGGUGGAUACUCAGCCUAAAUCUGACAUCCCCAAAGACCUGUUUGAUUUUUAUGAGCAAAUGGACAAGGAUGAGGAGGAGGAAGAAGAGACACAGACAGUAUCCUUCGAAGUUAAGCAGGAAAUGAUCGAGGAGCUCCAGAAGCGCUGCAUCUGCUUAGAGUACCCUCUGCUGGCAGAGUAUGACUUCCGGAAUGAUUCUCUCAACCCUGAUAUCAACAUUGACCUGAAGCCCACAGCUGUGCUCAGGCCCUAUCAGGAGAAGAGCCUGCGGAAGAUGUUUGGGAAUGGACGAGCCCGCUCAGGAGUCAUUGUUCUUCCCUGUGGUGCUGGGAAGUCCCUUGUAGGCGUGACUGCUGCGUGCACUGUCAGAAAGCGCUGUCUGGUCCUGGGCAAUUCAGCAGUGUCUGUGGAGCAGUGGAAAGCCCAGUUUAAGAUGUGGUCAACCAUUGAUGACAGCCAGAUCUGCCGCUUCACCUCAGAUGCCAAGGACAAGCCCAUUGGCUGCUCCAUUGCCAUUAGCACGUACUCUAUGCUGGGCCAUACCACCAAAAGGUCCUGGGAAGCUGAGAGAGUCAUGGAGUGGCUCAAAACCCAGGAGUGGGGCCUCAUGAUCCUUGAUGAGGUGCACACUAUUCCAGCCAAGAUGUUCCGGCGGGUGCUGACCAUUGUGCAGGCCCACUGUAAGCUGGGCCUGACUGCAACCCUUGUCCGAGAAGAUGACAAAAUUGUUGACUUGAAUUUCCUGAUUGGGCCCAAGCUUUACGAAGCCAACUGGAUGGAGCUGCAGAACAGUGGGUACAUCGCCAAAGUCCAGUGUGCCGAGGUUUGGUGCCCGAUGUCUCCUGAGUUCUACCGAGAGUAUGUGGCAAUAAAAACAAAGAAACGAAUCCUAUUGUAUACCAUGAAUCCCAACAAAUUCAGAGCCUGCCAGUUUCUGAUUAAGUUUCACGAAAGGAGGAAUGACAAGAUUAUUGUGUUUGCUGACAAUGUAUUUGCCUUGAAGGAAUAUGCCAUUCGGCUGAACAAACCUUAUAUCUAUGGGCCCACAUCCCAAGGAGAAAGGAUGCAGAUUCUUCAGAACUUCAAGCACAACCCCAAAAUCAACACCAUCUUCAUCUCAAAGGUCGGUGACACAUCUUUUGAUCUGCCAGAAGCAAAUGUCCUCAUUCAGAUCUCUUCCCAUGGUGGCUCCAGACGGCAGGAAGCCCAAAGACUGGGGCGGGUCCUCCGAGCCAAAAAAGGGAUGGUCGCGGAGGAGUACAAUGCCUUUUUUUACUCACUGGUGUCCCAGGACACACAGGAAAUGGCUUAUUCUACCAAGCGGCAAAGAUUUUUGGUAGAUCAAGGUUACAGCUUUAAGGUAAUCACAAAACUAGCUGGAAUGGAGGAGGAAGAGCUGGCAUUCUCCACCAAAGAGGAGCAGCAGCAGCUCCUGCAGAAGGUCCUGGCAGCCACUGACCUGGAUGCAGAGGAGGAAGUGGUGGCUGGAGAGUUUGGCUCUAGAUCUGGCCAGGCGUCCCGGCGCGCUGGCACCAUGAGCUCCAUGUCUGGGGCGGAUGACACUGUGUAUAUGGAGUACCACUCCUCCCGAAGCAAAGCCUCCAGCAAGCACAUACACCCACUCUUCAAACGCUUUAGGAAGUGAGGCCGUCCCUGCUGCUCAGUUGAAGACUUGUCAGUGGGAUGCUUUCUCUCAAGACUGUGCACUUUCGUAGUGUUCAAAUGCAACCCCAGUUGACGGACUGUGCUGAAAACCUCCGUACUGAGCUUUGACUCUGCCUUCGUGGGUCACCCGGGGUUAAGACGAGAGAAAGACUGCUGUUGUUUGUAUUCAGCUUGCUGAGAGUAGGUCAUUUCUGCAUAUAAAAUUAUACCACUGCAGGUACAUUUGUCUUUAUUCUACUGAAUGAACUGAAAAACAGAGUCAGAAAGCCCUGGGGCUUCAAGGAGGAGCAGACACAUUUCUAGCCCACACCCAGAGGCAAUCGCAACUGGUAACCACUCGCAAGCAAAGUUUAGUUUCUCACAGAGUCUCCCUGGGGAGACAAACCACUCUUGCUUGCUUGAUUUGAGACAGGGUUUCUCUAUGUAGCUUUGGCUGUCCUGGACUUGCUUGUAGACCAGGCUGGCCUCGAACUCAUAGAGUUCUGCCUGCCUCUGCCUCCCCUGAGUGCUGGGAUUACAGGCAUGCGCCACCACACCUGGCUCAAACCACUGUUAAGGGCAUGCGCAUGCCCAGCCAAGAAGGACAACAGGAAACAAACUCAGCAGCAUCCUCGGAGGGUCCUUGUCUCAUAAUGUUGUAUCAGGGCUUUUUCUUUUCUUUUGCAUAUUUAUCUUAGUGUUUUUAAUUUUAUUUGUAUGUGUAUACAUUUUCUUCUCGCUUUUUACCCUACAGGUCCUUUGUGUAUAUAUUAUGGCUUUCAGUUUACUGUUUUUCUGAGAUUCCUGAGUGUGAACGAGCAGUCUGUUUCUUGUGCCCUCUCUUGUCUGCCAUGUGGUGGUGUGGUGCCGUGGGUGAGGGAGAGAUGCCCUCCCCAGCUCUCGCCCUUUGCCGCCUGCAACAGGUGGGAGAUCUGGCACCAGGCUCUGGAGAGCAGGAGAGUGAGCCCUGCACCUUGCCUCGGCAGCAUCGUAGAGCCUACCCUGGUGGCAAGGCGCAGGCGAGCCAGCCCCCGAGGGUGUGAGUGUGGGAGAGCUGAUCCCGAACCUUGUCUGCCAGUGUGGUGGCAUAGGCAAGGGAGGGAUGCCUUCCUCUCUCCUCACCCCUCCCCGCCUGACCUCUCACCAGCUGUAACACUCGAGCUGGCCCAGCACCUCACUUGAAGUAGAGGCGGGUGGAUCUCUGUGAGUUUGAGGGCAGUCUAGUCUACAAGCGAAUCCAGGACAGCCAGGGCUACCCAGCAUAAUAGAGUGGGCGUGGGUGAGCCAGCCCCAAGGGCAUGAGGGAGGGAGAGCUGGCUCUGGUUGCUGCCUGUGCUAUUGGGUGAGCUUGCCCUGGUGGUGUGGCUGCAGGAGAGCUGGCAGGCUGACCAGCUCCCCUACCGCCCAGGUCCAGAUAUGGGCGUCGAGAUGGCCUAUCCAACACCUACCCCAUUGAUGAACUACUGGAGUGGGUGAGCUGGCCAGUCCUGCACAUCCAAAGCCGCAGGGUCUCCAUGGCACAGAGCAACAACAGGAUAGCCAGGAUAGUCCCAGUGAGGAGCCAGUAUUGAAAGUGUGGCAGAAGCCAGAGGCCUGCAACCAGACCAGUGAUGUUGCAGUGAACAUUUGCAAGUAAAGAAGUGUGCACGAAAGGCUGUACUGUGGGACACACUACAGAGAAUUUGGUUUGUUUUCUUUCUUGGGUGUGGUUGGAGAGUGGGUACACAGGGAUGGGGACAUGAAUGGGAGUGGGGUGAAUGAUGAAAUUCACAAAGUAAGUUAAAUAAAACAGCAAAAUAUUUAUAUGUAUUUUUUUUCUUCUCACCUGCCUCUGCCCAGUGCUGGAGUUAUAAGUGUGCGUGGCCACACCCAGCUUUAUAUAUAAGUUCUGAGGCUCAGCCAGGUCUUCCUGCUGCGGUGCUCCUCAGGCCGCUGUCUCUUGAUGCUGCAGUCAGGUUCUCUAAGAAGUGUUGCCUCGCUUGAGCUCACUCUUCGAGUUAAGAGUGUUCUAGUCUUGUGUAUUACACUCAGUCUCUUCAUCGAUCAAGAGUUAGUUUCUUUUUGGUGCUGGCUGUUGAACCAAAGGCGUUGGGCAUGUGAGAUAAACACUCCCAGAUCUUGAGUUAGUUGCUGUAAUGGAUGGGCUAAGGCUCUGUUUUAUCAAGUGUGGAUACCCGACGGUACCACCUAUGUAGGGAGUCCUUACUUAAAUUGUAUUGGUUCCUGUUUCAAAACAGGACUGUGGGCCUCCAGGCUUAUUUCUGGACUCUUGAUCCUCUUCCAGCAGCGGAGAGGUCUGUUUUUCAUCCUAGUACCAUACAUCUGAUUAGUUUUUACCACUGUGACGUGAAUUAAAGUCACCCGGGAAGAGCGAGCCUCAACUGAAGAAUUGCCUCCUUCAGAUUGGCCCGUGGGCAUAUCCUUGAGGGAUUGUCAUAAUUAAAGGUUGAUGUGGGAGCUGCCCACUGUGGGUGCUGAAUGGACGUAGUAUGAGACGGCUCUCAAAGUUGGCUCUCCUGACCCAUGGAAUAGCGCGGCUCUCAAGCCUAUCCGAGAAGUUUCAUUGCAUGCUGAUUGUGGUUAAUGCAGAAACUCGCAGCUGGUUUCUGCGGAGAAUAAGUGUCAGUGGACAUAUACACACACACACACACAUAUGUGUGUGUAUAUAUGUAUUGUGUGUGUGUGUGUGUAUGAUACUAUCUCCCCAAAGUUCAGGGACAUUGUAAAAGAGGGGGUGAAAAGACUGUAAGAACUAAAGGUCAGAAUGUUAAAUCUUUAACAGGAAUUCAAUUAAAUUUGGUUAAUAAAAAUAAACCAUUAAUGUAGUUUAUCUGUGUUCUUAAAUGUUGGCUAUAUAAGGUAUACAUUUUCUGGGUUUUAAUUGCAGACUCCUGAGUUUUCAUGUAGAAUUACCUCAUUAAAUUCUUCUCUAAAUUUUGUAAUAGCAAUAAUAAAUGUUAAGAUUAAAAUAUGUUGUAAAAAGUUGUUUAAAAUGAAUAUUGUAAAUAAGUUAAUAGUAUAAAGGUUAUUAAAUUGUUCAGGUUAAUUCAUUAUCCUGAGAUAAAGUUAUUUUGUUUUCUACAAUGAUAUUUUCUUAAGUAUUGAUUUGUUGGUAGUAUCCUCUUACUAAAUGGAUAUUUAAAGGUGAUUACAGUUCAUUUUUUUAUGUUUUACCAUUGAACAAAGCCCUUGCUUUUGGAUAGCCAGUCAUUGCUUUAACUAUAAAAAUCUACUUCUACAGCGAGUGUCACCUGUUUAGAGCAUCCCUACCAAAUUACAUGGUGAUUGGAAACUUGUUUUAAUGAACACAAAAAUUAAAUCUGUUUAUGAAAUUGGGUUUAUUAAAUAGACAAAUGCAUAUUAUUGUAAAA